GACGUUAGGUUCACGUAGUAUUCAUUAGAUAGAAGCCAUGUUGUGUGAUUGUUUACUGUAUGACACGGAGGAAAGUGGUAAGUCUGUAUAUAUUUAUUUUUUCUUUAUAGAAUUCACUUCCACUCAUCAACAUUUGUUUUAAUAUACGAUAAAGGACACGUGACAGGUUUCUCUUCGACAGUUCUACCUCAGGAGGACAUUUCAGUGUAGUGACCGGACAUUUCAUCUCGUGGAUCAGAUGUGAAGUCGCGACAUGAGCUGAUUGUUUUUCACGAGUAAUUCACAUGUGAAAUUGUAGAAUGUAAAUAAAGGGAUCGUGGAAAAGAAAGCAGAUGUGGAAUGAAACGGUGCAGCUGCUGGGACUGUUGGGACUUCUGUGUCACAGAUGACGCUGAGUCACAGCGACAGUAUUGACUGCAUUCGUCCUCUGGAAAUGCUUUUUCUAGUGUUUCCAGUUUUUGUCGACAUCUUAUUUUUAUGUAUAAGUGCAAAGAUUAAUGAAAAAGUCUUUGAAACUGGGAAAACUGCAUGAAAUCUAGCAUUACAAGUGCAGACAAUGAAUACACACUGAUUUAAUGUUGUCUACGGUACAAUUUAAAUGAGUUAAAUAUCUUGAAAAAGGUUCAUAUUUAUAAUCAGAGAUGAUAUAGUGAGCAGAUGUGUGUGCUCACCGUCAUAUUUCACUAUGGUUACAGAUAAGGACUUUUAUCUUUGUGACAUAGUUUUAAGAAAGUUGUCAUGUGACAUGUUUGGUGUGCGUGUUUGUGUGUGUUUUUGUGAGACCACAUCUGUGUGUGUGCUGAUGCUGAGCUCAGACGUUUAUCUUAAACAAACUCAUUAAUCGUGAUGGUGAAGUGAGGUGAGAGCAUGAGCAGCAGCUGGAGCUCACCAGGACUGAUGGAGACCGUGAGAUAUAACGUGGCAGCCCUUUGGUUUGUGAACUUCUGUAGAUUAUCUUGAGCUCAGGCCCCUGUCAUGACGUCCCUGACCACAAAUACAACAAUCCUUCGUGGGCAGAGCCGUGAUCUUCACCUGCAGCUCAGCCUCUGCGGCCGUUUCCUUCCUCUUCUGCUUGUUUUCCAGCAGAUUUGCAUUGUUGAGUGCAAAACAGUCGCACAGGUAGCAUUUCAUUUACCUGCAAGUCAGACAAGGAGCCACCGAGCAAGGAAGCACUCACUCCCUGCUGUUGCUGGCUGCACUGACUGAGACGCUGAGAUUAUCUUGAACGAUCCGAGAUGAAGAUAAAGGAGAUGCUGAGUCUGGUCCCGGUGCCCUCCAUCCUCAUUCUGGGCCUGGUUUACGUGGCCUACGUCCUCAUCGGUGGGGUGGUUUUCUGGAAGUUGGAGGGAGAGCACGGACAGGCGGACAUCAGUCAAGUAAUGAUAAGAAGACGCAACCUGCUCAUGACGUACACCUGUCUGAACCAAGAGGGCCUGGACGAAAUGGUUCAGAUUGUUCAAGAUGCAUCGAAGUUGGGCCUGAGUUUGAAAACCAACCACACGUCAGACGGCUUCUGGAAGUUCACCAGCUCGGCCGUGUUUGCUGCCACUGUGGUCACAACUAUAGGUUAUGGGAGCAUGAGUCCCAGCUCCACCAAAGGACAGAUCUUCUGUGUGUUCUUCGCACUCAUCGGCAUCCCGCUCAACGUCGUGGUGCUCAACAGGGUGGGCAAGUACAUGCUCGUCAUCGAGAGGAAAAUAUGCGACUUCUUUGAGGCAAAGACUGGGCGAAAGAAGGUGUCCCGCUUCUGUGUCCACCUGGUGUCCUACUUACUCGGCGUACUUCUCUUCUUCAUCAUGCCCAUGCUGGUGUUCCAGAAGUUUGAGGGCUGGAGCUUGUCCCAGACCAUCUACUUCUGCUUCAUCAGCCUCAGCACCAUCGGCUUUGGAGAUUAUGUGGCAGACACUAACCCUGACAAACAUUACCCAGACUGGUACAGCGUCCUGAUGGCCUCGUGGAUCUUCUUUGGCCUGGCUUGGUUGGCUCUGGUCAUCAACCACUCCAUCGACAUCCUGGAGCAGCUCAACAACCUGGUCAAACAGCGGUGGGGUGGAGCCAAGCGGGGGGAGGAGUCUUCUUCCGGCGGCACAGAACCUGACAAUCCAGACUCGUGCGAGGGCGAGGGCGAGGACGACGAGAUCAGGAAGCCUCCGAUAAGUCAGUGAAUCUGUUUCUGUGAGAUUUCAACACCAAACGAAAGAUUCAUUUUUACUGAGUCACUUUUGCUUGACACGAAGAAGAAGAACUGUCUUAAAAGAAGAGAGAAGUCUCUCUGCAUCAAACCAAACAGUAAUACAGAUGUCAGCACAUCACUCUCUCUCUCUCUAUGAAUAGUGUAUUUACUCAUAAUGUGUGUGUGAAAUGGGGAAACAUGUAUAAAUAUGAGGCGUGUCUGUGGGUGUUACUAAAGCAUUAAACACUAAAUGAUAUAUACCACUUUUUUUUUUCAGUAAAUAAAAGAGACCAGAAGAUGUAACUGAUGUAACUAACAGCAUCUCUUUAUUUCCAUAUUCAGUCCAUAUUGAAAUAACUAAAAACGUCUUACACUUGUGUAUUUAGAUGAUGUAACAAAGUCCGUUUUUUAGUCACAAAUGUAACAAGAUGCUAUUUGUAGACACUAGAAACAAACACUAGACCCUCGACACAAGAACAGCUCAACGUCACGUAAUAAUGCAUCGGACAAAUAACAUGAACACAGUCUUGAGAGAAGAAGUCAAAUUAAGAUGUGAGCACUGGACAAGAGGAAAGCAAUUGGGCUUGUAACUGGAAGGUCGCUGGUUCAAUCCUGGGACGGGCAAGGCACCCAGUUAUGUGCUGCCCACUGCUCAUGCACCCGGUUGGUGUGUGUAAUUCUAACUUUAAGCUCUGAAUAAUAUGUAGAUUUAUUUACUGAAAGAAUUACAGCAGUUUUAACAUUUUGCAUCGUCAUGUUCUACGUGUUCUGAAUUGGUGGAGGUGGUCAUGUGACUCAGAGGCGCCUUCUCUCAUGCAAAUACCUGCUGUGCUGCCUUUCUGCUUUGUUUAUGUCUCUUGUUGUGACUUCAUCUCCACUGCAGCAAAGUCGUGUCGUCUGCUGCCGUCACAGAAGAGAUCUCAACAUCUUUACUGCAGCUUUACUGACGUCUCCUCUGCUGAGACAAUAUGCUACUUCACCACUAGAUGUCACUAAAGUGCACAGUAGAACCUGAUUAAACCUGAUUAAAGCUGCGACCUCAAUAAAUCAAACUCUUACUAUUAUAUUUCAUUCCAUUUAAUAUUCAUCAAUUCGUUUUUUUUUUACUUUAGGUAAAAUGUAAUGUGCUUUAUAUCCACAAGGUGGUGCAACUGUAACACACUGGAGAAAUCACAUUUCAAACCAAAGGCAAAGGCGCAGAUGCACUGUACGGCAUAUUUAUACAGUUUUGAAUUCAACAAAUAAACUUUACUGAUCACA